UUGCUGUAAUUCCCCUCACGGACGGUAGGGGGAGGCGGUGAACCAGGCAAGCUGCACCCAUUCCUGUUUAAACGGUCCCACGGCAGGCUGGCAGGUUCAGAGUGUACUCGGCACCGGCCUCCGGGACGCGUCUCACUCUCCAUCCGGGAUGGAGAAAGACGCCUCAGCGCCGGACCCAUCCCGGCAGUGCAACGGGUUCUCGGGCGUGCUGUACGGAGAGUUCACCGACACUCUCAACGACGGGGUGCGCUACUCGGUGAGCCUGACGGAGAGCGCCCUGACCAUCCAGAGGAUCUCCUCGUCUCCCGACCGGACGAAGGUGGUGUUUAACUUGAGCGACUGCAUCGGCUGUCGGGCGUAUAAAGGGCCGGACAGCGCGGACAUCGGCGCUUACUUCGCGGCUUAUUUCUACCCGUUCAAGAGGCGCUGGAUGAGCACCGGAGUGGCCCGGCAGAGGGUGGAGCAGUGCUUUCGGGUCGCUCUGGUGCAGGACCCGCUCGUCAACCUCCGGGAGGCUGAAAGAUGGGCUCAUGCCAUCAGAGAUGCCUCAGUGCUGCAGGCUCCUCGGAGAGACGGUGUGAUGUACACGGAGCUGAGGAGACCUUGCAGAACCAUGAUCCUGGUGAACCCCCACAGUGGACGGGGACAGGCUCUCCAGCUGUUCACUGGCCACAUACAGGCCAUGCUCACUGAGGCCUCCGUUCCCUACACGCUCGUCAUCACAGAGCACCAGAACCACGCGCGGGAGCUGGUGAGGAACGCCGACCUGACGCAGUGGGACGCGCUGGUUAUCAUGUCUGGUGACGGGCUGCUGUUUGAGGUGAUAAAUGGUCUGAUGGAGCGGGAAGACUGGCAACAGGCCAUCCAGACUCCUCUAGGGAUGCUACCAGGUGGCUCUGGCAAUGCCCUGGCCGCAUCCAUCCACCACUACUCGCAAUCACCUCCUGCCUGGAAUGAGGAGCUGCUCCUGAGCUGUGGCUUCAUGCUGUGCAAAGGUCUGGUUGGUUCUCUUGACUUGGUGUCGGUCCAUUUGGCCUCCAGUCAGCGCCUCUUCUCCUUCCUCUCUUUGGCUUGGGGCUUUGUGGCAGAUGUGGAUAUCGAGAGCGAGAAGUACCGUCAUGUUGGGGCUAUCCGCUUCCUAAUGGGCACCCUGGUGCGUCUGGCCUCGCUCAGAGUAUAUCAGGGCAGGUUAGCAUACCUGCCAGCUAAAGAGAUACCAAAACCUCCAAACGAAAGGGCGAAGGCAACCCGUCCUCCUUUCACACCUCAGCAGCCAUCUCUCUGUUCGUCCCUUCCUUGUCAUCUCGUUCCCAAAGCUUCACCAAAUCAGAGCUCUCUGAAAAACUGCGUCGAUACGAACCUGAACCAAAACUCCAUCACCAACUCCUCCAACGUCAUCACUAAUAUGAGGCCCGAGACGCAUGGCAACAAUAAGACUACGUCACCUACAGAUUCUCUCCUCCCCAGCCUGUGCCAGCCGGUCCCUGAAAACUGGACGGUGGUCAAUGAGGAAGACUUUGUUCUUGUGCUGGCUAUUUGCCAUUCCCACCUAGCGGAGGAUCUGUGGACAGUGCCAGGAGCGAUGGCGGAUGACGGGCUGAUUCAUCUGUUUUACGUGACGGCGGGAAUAUCCCGGCCCGCCCUCUUGCGUCUUUUCCUCGCCAUGGAGAGGGGUUCCCAUUUAGCGUACGGUUGUCCCCACCUUGUGUACGAAAAGGUGAGGGCCCUGCGGUUAGAGCCCAUCUCACAACAGGGCAUGAUCACCGUGGACGGAGAGGUGGUGGAAUACGGCCCCAUCCAGGCUCAGGUCCACCCCAGAAUGGCUAGGCUUAUAUGCGGAUGAACUUGUGCUUUACUUUAUAGCUCUAGUUUGGCCUUUUAUACUUAUUGUCAGAUUCUUUAUGUGUGCUGUCUUCUCAGAAGUGCCAAAGACAAUUAAUCACCCAUUGGAAAUUCCUUUAUUUUUCUACAGAGACAACCUGUCCUCUUUUUUAUGGACUUCUCAUUCUCUCUCAGUGUUAGAUUCAGGGUCAAAGCCAUGGAGGAUUGCUCUUACUUCUGGCUGGUCCAGGCUUAGAGAAAUGAGAUGGAAAUGUAUGUGCACAAAAAAAAAAAGAAGCCAGAUCUUUAUGCAUUUUUGUGCAUACCCAAAUGUGUGUAUAUGCGGGACUCUGCAUGAGGGGCUUUGGCAGUACAGUGGCAGCACAUUGCACUCUGCUUGUCGAACCUUAUAAGCAUGGCACAUGUGAAGAGAAGCACGUUUUUCUUUCCCCGGGAGACUCCUGGAGAAAACCCGCCUCUUGCCCCGCUGUACCACUACAGGCCCUCAAUCCCCUCGCCCCGGCCGCUGCCACCACCCUGACAACACUGCCUGCCCUUCAGCUUUGUAAGAAAAUUGAGGAGAUAUAAUCCCCCUGGGGAUUUAGCUUUGACAGAUCUUUAAUCUUUGCUUAGUUUACAUGAAAAGAAACUUUAGAUUUGCUCAUGUUAGAGCCCCACCUUUUCCUUCCUGCCAAACAGAUUUUACCAGCUUACGCUACACCUUUACCACCGUCUUCUCCAUUUCCCAUACCGUUUCAUCUCCAACCAUCAUUAAGCUGUAGGAAUCGCCUCCACUCACACACUUUCUUCUCCCCAUCCCCCCCCACCUCUUCUUAUCCUCAGAUCCUCACAUACACACACAUUCCCUCGCAUCUCUGCAGCACUUAGCGAGGGGGAGGGGCGCGAUCUGCUACUGUGCAUAUGAUCCCCUCUCUUUAAGAUUGUACUCUCGCUCCCCACCAGUGGUUAACGAACCAUCAGCACCUAAUGUGUCCUUAAUAUGAGGGUUUGCAUCGGCUAAAGCACACUAAAUAGAAAGUCGCCGUUUUUUAGGCACGUGAAAGCUCUUAGGUGGGUUUUCAAGUGGAUAUUAGGUUGGUCAAAGCACACUCGAGUGGAUAAAGUGCAGUUUCAGACGGGCCCUGUUAGAGUUGCAUAUUGAGAGGCGUGUGAUCGAUGGAAGCCGGAGGGCGGCAGGUGUUUUGCUCUUCGGUGGCCGUCGGUGCUGUGGAGCAAUUAGUGCACUGGAGCGGACCAGAGUGCAAAUGUUAGCAUUAUCAUCAUGACCCCCCCACCCUCCCCUCUGCACCCCCUGUCCUCCUUCGCGCGCACUCCCACACACCAGUUUACCUCAAGCAGAUGCACAACUGUGCAUCUGCAGUGUGUGCAGUUGAGGUGUGUCAGACCAUUUUAGCAGGUCGUCCUUUAACUGUUCUAUUCUCAAAAUAAAAUACUGGUCAAACUGAUGAAAAUAAAGUCCUUUCCUAUGCUGACAGGAAAGAAAAUAGGACACUUUUGACUGUUCACUGGCUAGCGGGGGAACCAUAAAGUGCUGAUUUCUAAAAAAGUUUUAGGGCAUCUGUCAUUUUGAGCACGAAAAAGGUGAUGCAGUCAGCUGAUAGCGCACUUAAAUCUUCACCUGUUUUCAUCUGUAGCUGGUGGAAGACAAAAUACUCAUAAGGGACUCCCAGCUGGAGAAGUUGGUAAGGUCUUGCUAACUGCUGUGUCUGUUCAUACAGUAAAGAAUUUAUAUGCCUUGGACUUUUUCACAUUACAGCCCAAAAACUUUGAAGCAUUUCUUUCAACAUGAUUGAAAGGAGAGCAUAAUUGUAAAGUGGAUGGAAAAGGAUGCACGGUUUUCAGUUUGCUUUACAAAUAUAUUUUUGGCAUACGCUUGUGUUUUGUAAAUCCCGCACUUUGGUAUUUACAAAACACUGCUGUAAAUACCAAAAAAAAAAAAGAAAAAGGUUUUGACCAUUUGGCAGUAUGUCUCCACUGGUUU